UUUUCAAAUCAUUUAUAAAUAUGAGAAAUGUAUUUGUGAUCUUAGCACUUAUGUUUUGUGUUGCCAAUACAAUGGAUAUGGGAGAAGAACUGAUGAAAAGAGAAAUAUUAACAAAAAUAGUUGAAUAUGCUGGCAUAGAAAUGCCUCAUGAGUACUAAUUUAAGAGUUAUGCGUAGGCUACAUUUACUCUGUUUGCCAUGCAAAUUAAUGAUGAAGCAAGUUCAAAAGUUUUCAUCAACAAUUCUCUUAUCGAUAAUUCGUAAAGAAUGGACUUUACUUUGUCCAAAAUUCAAAGAUCCAGCCUUUUGUGAAGGAAUUAAUUAGACAUUUAUUGAUUAAUUCUCUGUGCAUUUUUUCAAGUAUUUUGCUUAUUAACAAUAUAUAGCAAUUACUUGUCCCCUUCAAAUGCAUGCUAGAAUUUAGGUGCUUGCAAAUUGUAGCAAGAAAGAUAAACAGUUCAAGAUUAUAUUAAUGAAGUUAUGCAAGACAAGCUCUCAAAAGAAGAACAAAGGAAAUGGUAAGAGUUGGCUGAAGAAAAUGUAAUAAAUCAAGAAGAUUUUACAGUUGCAUAAUUCGCAGAUCUACAUAUUGAUGUUGAAUAUUCGGUUGGAGCUAAUGCAUUUUGCGGAGCCCCAUUUUGUUGCAGAGAUGAGAAUGGAAAACCAAAGGAUCCAAGUAAAGGAGCUUAAUACUGGGGAACAUAUGCAGAUUGUGAUUUACCAUUUAGAACAGUUUAAGAUCUCAUCAAAUUUACAGGCGAGAAAAUAAAGCCAGAUUUCAUCAUAUGGACAGGAGAUAGUACGUCACAUGACAUCUGGCAUUAAUAAAAAUGGAACCAAACAUUACCUACAAAAAUGAUUACUGAAGAAAUCAAGAAGCAAAUACCAAAUUCCUAAUUGUAUGCAAUAUAUGGAAAUCAUGAAGGUUACCCAGCUGAUCAAUAUGAUAUGAUAGGAGAAGCGACACAAUGGUUAAGAGAUGAAGUUGCUGAUAUGUGGAAAGAAUACCUAUCACAAGAAUCAUACUAUUAAUUAAGAAGAAAUGGCUACUAUUCUUAAGUAGAGGAAUCAAGAAAUCUCAAAUUCAUAGCCUUGAAUUCUUAAACUUGCGAUUUACUCAACUUUCAUUUAAUGGAUGGCAUCACAGAUCCAAGAGGAAUGCUCAAAUGGCUCAUAUCUGAACUCAAAGAUUCAGAAGCCAAACAUUAAUUUGCUGUAAUCUUCGCUCAUAUUCCCCCUGGAGAUACUUUUUGUAAUUCCCAAUGGGCUGAUAGAUUCAGCGUCGUGAUUGAGAGAUUCGAACAUGUAGUUACUGGAAUUUUUUAUGGUAUUAUUAGUUACUAUAAUUUAAGGACAUACUCAUUAAGAUCACGUUUAACAUAUUAGAUCUAAAAUUGAUGGUAGAUACGUUAAGACUUUGUUUAUUGCUCCUUCUGGAACUACAUUUUCAUACUAAAAUCCAUCAUUUAGAGUCUUUUAAUUUAAUGGCAAGAAUGACCAAGUUAAAGAUUAUGUCUAAUACAGAUUAGAUCUAGCAAAAGCAAAUAAAGAUGGACAAAAUGCUAUCUUGAAUUGGGAAGUAGCAUAUCAUUUCUUAGAAUAUUAUGGAUUAGAAAGUGCUUCCUUAGUUCAUGUGUCUACUCUCCCCUAUAGACUAGCUCAUGAUGAUGAUUUAUUGAAGAAGUAUAUCUACAGUUAUUCUACAGGAAGUGAUAUCUUAUAUAAGAAACAUCUUAAGUAAUUCAUUAUAGAUAUCAUAGAAAUCUUAAAAAUUUAUUCCUUAAAAAGAGCACUAAGAGUUUUUUCAUUUGUGGAGCAGAAACUUCAACAUUAGAUGAUUGGUACGAUUGCAUUGGAUUCUUUGAGAAAUUUAAGGAAUCCUCAUUCCUUACUUUUAAAUUAUUAGAAUAGUUUAUUGGUAAGUGGCUUAAAGAAUGAACAAAUCAAUUAUAUUUACAAUAAACAAA